AUGGGCCCCUCACUUCCCAGGAAGCCUCUAACCGCUCUCGCACGAUGGACUCUACCUACACAUGAUGUCAGCGUCUCAAGAACGCUGCGCCUUUGUUCCACCCUACAAGUGCCUGCGCAAUUGAAGGCAGCUCCAAGUCCUCCAGUACCACCUCUCUCUGCGUUACCGGCUCGCGCCUUGCUCAGAUCUUUGCUGGUCUCCACGAUCUCGUCGAAGAGAUUCCUUCUCAUCCCGGCGCUGUCGAUGAUGUCCUUUCUCUCCAAGCCCAACAGAAUCUGGCUGUUUGAUGUUGAUCGAAAUCCGAUCUUGCACGGAAUCUUGAAGACUACGUUCUAUAAUCAGUUCUGUGCUGGGGAGAAUGGGGCAGAAUGCAAAGCCACAAUCCAACAGAUGAAAGACAUGGGUUUCCGCGGUAUGAUUCUGACAUACGCUGCUGAGACGGUGUUCGACCAUAACACACAAGCCUCACACGGACAAGGCACUGCCUUGAAAAAUGAGCAUGGUGAUGUCUCAAUGGAUGGAUCUGUCGUCCGGUGUCCCAGCAUCGAAGCCUGGCAGGCGGGGACAAUCGAGACGAUCUAUAUGACGGAAGCAGAAGAUUACAUUGCAGUCAAACUAACCGGCGCCGGCCCGUCCGUCACUGAGGCCUUUGCCACAGGAGAAUUACCUCCGCCGCAAAUGAUGGAAGCACUGGAUGAAGUCUGCACCAAAGCCAAAGACCGCAAAGUCCGCAUCCUGGUCGACGCCGAGUCCCAGCAUUUCCAAAAGGGCAUUUCCCGCGUUGCUCUGGAACUCAUGCGCAAAUAUAAUCGUGACGGGUAUUCAACCGUCUACAAUACCUACCAGGCCUACCUCAAAAGCACCCCAGCGACGCUGGCAACCCACCUCGCUGCGGCAAGCGAGGAUAACUUCACACUCGGUCUCAAGCUCGUGAGAGGUGCAUACAUGGCUACGGAUGAACGGUCCUUGAUCCACGACUCGAAGCAGGAUACCGACGACGCAUAUAACACGAUCGCACAGGGCGCAUUGAGGAGGAAUAUCGGAGACUUUGGAGAUAAGGGUAGCCGGGCAUUUCCCUCUGUGAACCUCUUCUUGGCUAGCCACAAUAGGGAGAGUAUGGUGACUGCCCAUGAACUGCAUAAGCACCGUGUUGUGUCUGGUUUGCCUACCGUGCCUGUGCGCUUUGCCCAGCUCCAUGGCAUGUCUGAUGAGCUGAGCUUUUCGCUGCUUCAGAUGAAUGAUGGUGAUGGGACUCCGGAGGUGUAUAAGUGCUCGACUUGGGGAGGAUUGGGGGAGUGUCUGGCCUACCUUCUUCGUCGGGCUAUUGAGAAUCGGGAUGCUGUUCUGCGGACGGACACUGAGUAUCGGGCGUUGAAGGCGGAGGUUUUUAGAAGAACGAAGUCGGCGUUUUCGCUUUCAUCUUCUUAG